AUGAGCCACGAUAGAAAUUCCGAUAGCAGCGUUCAACGAAAUUCCGAUGGUGGAGGCGAUAAUAUUCAAGAGUCUUCGCUGGCGGAGGUUAUCCGGCAGAUGUCUCUUCAGAACAACCGUCUGCUGACUAGAGAUGCCAAUACCGAGGGGGAAUUUCACUAUGACCCGGAAAACGGAAUUACAUUCGAUCGCUGGUUUUCAAAGUAUGAAGAUCUCUUCAGGAAGGACGGUGGUAGUUUGGAUGAUCCAGCUAAGGUGCGGCUCAUGCUGCGCAGCCUAAGCGUUCCAGUCCACGAGAAGUUUCUCAACUAUCUCCUGCCGGCCCACCCACGAGACUACACUUUCGAUCAAGUCGUUGACAAACUCAAAUCAAUUUUUGGACAGCAAAAAUCCUUAUUCAGCAAACGGUACGAUUGCAUCCAGCUCAUUAAGAAUGACGCAGACGACUUCGUAACGUAUGCCGGGAUAGUUAAUCGACAAUGUGAAGAUUUCGAGCUUCAGCGUCUGUCCGUGAACCAGUUCAAAAGCUUGAUUUUCAUCUGCGGUCUUAAAUCAGCAAAAGACACCGACGUCAGAACUCGACUUCUCGCAAAACUUGAACUGGAACCACCUGACACAAUUAACUUGGAAGGCCUUGUUACUGAAUGUCAGCGCCUAUCGAAUCUGAAGCACGAUACGGCGUUGAUAGAGAAAAAACAAAAUUUUUCUUCGGUGCAAGCAGUUCGCAACUCCAAAAAGAAGCCAGGUGAUGUAAAAUCGUCAGGAGAACAAUUACCUCCAUCUCCCUGUUGGCAAUGCGGUGCCAUGCAUUUUGUGAAGGAUUGCAAUUUCACAAAAUAUACCUGCAAGCAAUGUGGAAAAACAGAUCACAAAGAGGGCUACUGUGCUUGUUCGGCGAAAUCUCAACGUUCAGAGGUUGCCACCGAAAAGAAGCCGAAAAGAAAGGCUACUCAGAACCGUACCAAAACCAUACAAACGGUAAAUCAAGUGCGGUGCAAAAGACGGUUUGUAACCGGAUCCUUUAAUGGACGUUCGUGCGAGUUACAGUUGGACUGUGGCUCUGACAUUUCAGUGAUCACUGAACAAACCUGGAAGCAGAUCGGCGCACCGGCUACAGAGCCUACGAACGUGGAAGCUACAACAGCAUCUGGUGAACCAUUAGAGCUUGUAGGUGAGUUAACCUGCAGUAUUUCAAUCAACGAAGAAACGCGACAGGAAACCUGCUAUAUUACAUCGGUUGAAGAUUUGAAUGUCGUUGGACUUGAUUGGAUGGAUGCCUUUGAUUUAUGGUCAAAGCCGUUAGCAUUGUUCUGUAAAAAGGUGAAUCAAUCCAUUGUUUCCCCUUACUCCGAUCAAUAUUUUUUCGACAAGUUUCCGGAGGUGUUUAAGGAUAGUUUAGGCCACUGCACUAAAACCAAAAUCGCUUUACACCUGGUACCAAACACACAACCUGUAUUCCGACCAAAACGACCGGUUCCCUAUCACGCGAUUAAAAAGGUAGAUGAGGAGUUGAACCGACUGCAGAGAUUGGACAUCAUAUCUCCUGUGGAUUACUCAGAAUGGGCAGCACCCAUUGUGGUCGUCAAGAAACCGGGCGGCAAAAUUCGCAUCUGUGCCGAUUAUUCCACCGGAUUGAAUGCAGCGUUGGAGUCAAAUCAUUUCCCGUUACCUACUCCGGAAGACAUUUUCAGUAAACUACCGGGCAGCCGUAUUUUCAGCAUAAUCGAUCUUUCCGAUGCUUAUCUUCAAGUAGAGGUAGAUGAUGAAUCGAAAAAACUGCUCACGAUCAACACGCACAAAGGUCUGUAUCGUUUCAAUAGAUUGGCGCCGGGAGUUAAAUCCGCACCAGGAGCAUUUCAACAGCUAAUGUCAACGAUGAUUUUGGAUCUACCAGGAGUUGAAGCCUUUUUAGACGAUGUUAUCGUAUAUAGCAAAACGGAAGUUGAGCAUCAUUCAAUGCUCUGCAAGCUUUUCAAGAGGCUUCGUGAGUAUGGCUUUAAUUUGCGACCAGAGAAGUGCCGAUUUUAUCAGAAAGAGAUCAAGUAUCUUGGACUGAUAGUUAAUGCUGAUGGAAUUCGUCCUGAUCCUGCAAAAGUAACUGCGAUAGCGAAUAUGCCGGCACCAACUAACGUGACAGCGCUUCGUUCAUUCCUGGGAGCUGUUAAUUUCUACGGCAAGUUUGUUCGGGAAAUGCACACAUUACGUCAUCCACUCGACAAGCUUCUCAAGAAAGAUGUAAAAUUUAACUGGAAUUCAGAAUGUCAACACGCAUUUCUGAAUAUCAAACGAGUUUUACGAUCGAAUCUUCUUUUGACACACUACAAUCCGGAACUGGACAUAAUUGUUGCUGGUGAUGCGUCAAAAACAGGUAUUGGUGCCGUUCUGUUACACCGUUUUCCUAACGGCGAUAUAAAAGCAGUUGCACACGCAAGUAGAACAUUGAACGCAGCAGAGCAAAAUUACAGUCAAAUAGAGAAAGAAGCUUUAGCACUGGUUUUCGCUUGUGUAAAGUUCCAUCGCAUGCUGUGGGGACGGAAAUUCACCCUGCAAACUGACCAUCAACCAUUAUUAAAAGUUUUCGGUUCGAAAAAAGGAAUACCUGUACACACUGCAAAUCGACUCCAGCGGUGGGCUCUCACUCUUCUGGGUUAUGACUUCAAGGUCGAAUAUAUCUCAACGCAGAAUUUCGGAUACGCUGAUGUUUUGUCGAGGCUUAUCGACAAACACGUAAAACCACAAGAAGAAGCAGUCAUCGCUACAGUUUACGUAGAAGCUGACGUCAGUUCGUGUCUCCAUGAAACAUUGCAGAAUACUCCUAUUACGUUCGAAAAGGUUCGAGGCGCUACGGCUAGUGAUGUUGUGCAAUGA